AUGAAUUCUUUGACAACUAGCACGGCGUCUGAAGUCAUUCCACCUCGAACAUUGAAACCAACAAGAAGUGUCCACUUGAAGAUUAUUAUUGACUCCAUCAGUUGCUAUCAUCGACCCAAUGUUCUGUGUCUCAUUACCAAAAGAGCUAUAGCAGACUGUGGUAUCGAUUUUUUGGUCCAUGCAGUUGAGGCUUAUGUCUCGGUUAUGGCUGAUAAAUACAAAGAUGGUCUUGCUAAAGAAGCAGUCGAAUUAGUCUUCGACAACUUGGUCGAGUUGUUCAACGGGGUUUUGUUGCCAGAGAGGAGGUGCACAACGUUGCUAUCAUUGCUGGAGCUGCUUUCCAUAUUCCAUAUGGUCGAUCUGUUGCAAUGUUGUUACCACAUGUUAUUCGAUACAAUGGUGUUGUUCCAAGAAAGUUGGCGAUGUGUCCAAAGUACAACUUGUAUGUGUAUGGCUGACGAGAGAUAUAAUAACCUCGCUCAUUUGGUCGGGUUGAAAACUGAGACUACGGCUGAGGGAGUUGAAGUUCUUGCAAAAGCAAGGACUUCAACACAUAUCGUUUUUUCGAAAAAUAAAAUAUUUGAGAUAAUUGAAAUCCAAAUAAUACAAUUGAAAGGUUAA